GAGGACGAGAAAGCCGAAAGAAAGAAAGAGGGAGUCGAAGACUUCGAAGAAAGAGAAAAAGUGAUAUCGAUGGAAGGUGUGCUUACGCGGGGGAAAGAAGGGAGGGAGUAAAUGGUAAGAAAGGAGAGAGGAAUGAGGUAAGAGCGAGAGAAACGGAAGCAUACGUUGGGCCUGAUGGAUCGGAGAGGGACGGCGUCAGCCAGGCCCGAAGAAUGCUUCUCCCGGCAGUGGCAAGGUUCUGGGACCGUCUCGGUUCAGUCGAGUCAGGUCAGUCCUCGGGAAGGUGAUAUUAUUCGUCGUUGUACGUCGAAGGGGCCUUACAUCGUCGCGUUCACGGCCCACGUUACCCUUUUUCGCUCUUCUUGUCUACAUGUGUGUGCGCGUGUUUCUUUUUUUUCCCCCCUUUCAUUCCGUUUUCCGUUUAUUUCCCUUCCAUUUCAUCCUGGCUGGACGUACACCGCGCGUCGCGUCUUUUCGUCUCUUUUUUUUGCGUCUCGCUGUAUAUUCUUUUCAUCCCUUAGAAUAUAUAAAAGUGUAAAAAUACGUGGGAAACACGCGAGAAGAAUUAUCGAUACGAGUGAAAAUUCCAUCGAACUACGAUUUCGAUCCGACGAUAAUUGAGUUUUUAAGACGUGUCCGGCUGCCUAUUAUUAAAACUUUAUCGACACGUGUCGGUAAAGAAUCCAUGCAUCUCGCAAACUGAUGGAUACCAUCUAAUAAACACGUUGCCAUCAUCAUCCAUAAAUUUGGUUAUAUAUCGUUUACCAUCGACGCGUUUGUUUUGUGCAUCUUUAGAUAGAAAUAUCCUCGUGUUAGUGGUGUGUUUCGAAUCAACUUUGAAUGAUUUUAUAAUAAGAAUCGACAUCAAAGUGAUAUUCGCUGACCAGGAAACUUUCUUUCGAUCGAUAUUUUUAAGAAAGAGUGUCGUGUCAAGAGGAAAAGUCGAUAUAACGUCGAUGAAAAGCGGUGGGAAUCACUCGAAGAUCGCGCGUGGUAAUAACCGUCGUGUUUGUGACAGAAAGGAACGCAAGGGAGCAGCGACCGCGAACAUCGUCGGAACCGUAGCGACGUCGCGCGAAAAAUCUUUGUUCGACAUUAACAAGCGAUGCCAUCGUAUCCGCGUUCAUCGUGUCCACGAAUCGAUAUAAUUUCAAGGGAUUGAAAAGAUCGUGAAAGGUGAAUAAAAAAAAAAAAAGAAAAAAAUAAUCAAAGAUCGAGAGACGAACAGCAUCCACGGAGUUUUGCGAGGCGCGGCUCUGCGGGUCAGUGCCCCCUCUGUCGGCUCGUGUUCACUUGACUUUCUGCGGCAACGAGCAAAAAGGAUCGAAUAAAAAAGAAAACGCCCACACCUUCGAGGCAUCCUUAAUCCGAUUUCGAGUCGAGAGUCCGGUUAAAACGUAGCCCGAAUUCGAAGAAAAAACUGGCGAGAAAGCGGAUAGCGGACAGAUAGGAAGAAAAGGAGAAAAGCGAGAAAGAGAUCGAAAGAGAUGGAAUCCAUAAUAAACGAUUCGAACAAUCAAUUGGCUGAUACGUAUUGAUAGUUUUGCCCGUACUUGUGCUUUUGUGACUGUGACCAUGAUGUCGAGCGUGCGAAUGUGAAGAGCGUAUAUAGACAGGGAAAGAUGAAAUCGCGACCGACGAUGAAGAAGAAGAACGAGAGGUAGUAUCAAAGGGGCCUGGAUACUUUUAUGUCGUCGAACCGAAAAGAAUUUGGCUAAGGAAGGGGGCGCGUUCGAAGGGACAUAAGAAGAGAUGAUCAUUCGAGGAUCGAUGGUCCUAGCCCUGGUCCUGGGACUGUUGUCGGUGGACCAAAAUGGCGGCCAACCAAACGACCUGGAGAAACACGCGUCCGAAUAUUUUUCCCGCAAACCGCCUCAAAGGGUGACGCGGCUAGUUCCACGACGCUCGCCUAUGUUACCGCAGGACAGUGGUGCGAUGGGCCUCGCGAUGCAGAGUCGAGCGGUCGAUACCAGGGUUCAACUAGAGGUCAGAGAGGGCGAGCCGAAGGGGACUCUGGUCGGUGUGAUACCGGUUAAGCCUGGAUUCACGUACAGAUUUAACGAGCCACCCCAGGAAUUCGUGCUCGAUCCGGAAACCGGCAAGAUCAAAACGGCCAAAGUUCUCGACAGAGAGGCGUUGAGCAGCGAUAGGUUCGACCUGGUCGUCCUCUCCAGCCAGCCAACUUAUCCGAUCGAGGUAAGGAUCCUCGUGCUGGACAUAAACGACAACGAUCCAGAAUUUCCGGAAUCGAGCAUAGCUGUCAGUUUUUCCGAGUCCGCGGUGGUGGGGACGAAAUUAUUGUUGGACGCCGCCACCGACAAGGAUACGCUGGAGAACGGUGUCGUCGACGAUUACUUCAUUGUUGACGGGAACACCGAUGGUAAAUUUCGUUUGGAAGUGACCGGGAAUCCGACCGGUGAAACCACAUAUUUGCAUUUGGAGACGACCGGUAAAUUGGAUCGGGAACAGGUAGAAUUUUACUCGUUGAAUGUUUGCGCGAGGGACAGGGGUCAACCACCGAGGCUUGGCUACCUUCUCGUAAACGUAACCGUGUUGGACGUGAACGACAAUCCCCCGAUAUUCCAGCAGAGCGAUUACGUGGUCGCUCUGAACGAGAGUGCCCCUAUAGGGACGAAGGUAUUGACGGUUCGCGCGACGGACAAGGAUUCCGAGGACAAUUCGAAGCUCACGUAUUAUCUGCCGGAUACCGAGAGGCAAUUCACGAUAGACCCGGAUACAGGGACCGUGACGACGAUCGAGCCUUUGGAUUGCCCGCAGCAGAGCUGCACGGGCGCAGCGCGUCUAGGCGACGGUUGUCUAAAGAGCUGCGUCAUAACGGUCUUCGCCCGAGAUCACGGCUCGCCGAGGCAGGAUGGCCGGACCUACGUAACGGUGAAUCUAUUGGACGCGAACGAUCACGAUCCUGAAAUAAAGUUCAGCUAUUUCCCGAUCACGCCUGGAUACGCGACCGUCGACGAGAACGCCGUCAAAGAUUCGAUCGUGGCCGCGAUCACGGUGAUCGACAACGACGAGGGAUUGAACGGCGAGACGAGCGUGGAAAUUCGCGCCGGCAACGAAUUGGGCCAUUUCAGAUUGCAAACCGCUGCCACGUUCGACGUUGUACGCGUGAACGGUGGACUCGACCGCGAGGAGAUACCGAAAUACAAUCUGACCGUGGUCGCGACCGAUAAAGGAACGCCGCCCCGUUCGGCAACCGCCUAUCUCGUGAUCCACGUGAACGAUGUUAACGACCACGAACCGGUCUUUCAGCAAAGCGAAUACUCGGCGGUGCUCUCGGAACUUUCGCCCAUCGGCAGUUUCGUCGCCAGCAUUUCCGCCACGGACGCCGAUUCCGGGCUGAACGCGAGAAUUUAUUACGAAUUGGACUCGGGCAACGAGCAAGGUUGGUUCGCGAUCGAUCAGGACACCGGUUUGGUCACUACGAUCGCCACCCUCGACAGAGAGGUGCAGGGAAGCAUCGAGUUGCACGUGUCCGCAAGGGACGGUGGCCCCAGCCCGAAGUACGCGUCCACCCACCUCAAGGUGACGAUCCUCGACGAGAACGACGAGGCGCCCAGAUUCUCCCAAAACGUGGUCCAAGUCACGCUGUCGGAAAACACCCCGCCCCAGAGCCUGGUGGCCACGUUGACGGCGGUGGACAACGAUCAAGGGACGAACGGCAGCGUUGCGUACAGUUUUCACUCGAGCGUGCCUCGGGAUUAUCCGAAAACGUUCGCCCUGGACGGACUCACCGGCCAAUUGACAACGAAGGUGCACCUCGAUCGCGAGACCAUAGCGGAAUAUCGGAUCCUCGUGAUCGCCAAGGACCAAGGUACACCGCCCCAAUCGUCCACGGCAACGGUGAUAUUAACGUUGAAAGACGUGAACGACAAUUCGCCGGUUUUCUAUCCGUGGAGAUACUUGAUGGCCGUGCCGGAGGAUGCCCCGCCAGGGACCUCGGUGGGAAAGGUGAUGGCGACCGAUGCCGAUGCCAGGGAAAACGCCCAAGUCAGAUACUCGUUGGAAUCCGGUGGCGAGGGACUUUUCGCAGUCGACGAAAGAACCGGCGAGAUCACUCUUCAGGGCUCGCUUAGGGCGGCCCACAAAACGCUCUACGAAUUGAACAUAUCCGCCAAGGAUACCGGGGACAGAUUCGCGGUGAGAAACGCCCUGGUCGAGAUCAUUCGCGAGGAAGAUCUGGAACGCUUGGAGUUCGACACUUACAACGGUUACGAGUUCAGGAUAGCCGAGGACAGGGGGGAGUGUGGCACGGUGGCGAAUAUGUUCGCGAGGGACGUGGGCACCGUUCAAGUGACGCAAUACGGGAACUCGAAGAUCUCGUACGCCAUCGUGUUCGGCGAUCAGAAGGGUAAUUUUAAGAUAGACGAGAGCACUGGCGCAAUCACCACUUCCGGCUGCUUGGAUCGGGAACAAGUGGCCUACUACAGUUUGCAAUUAUCGGCAAGGGCUGGACUCGCUUACGGACAAACGUCCGUGAAUAUCACGGUGGUGGACGUGAACGACAACCCGCCGAGGUCCAAGGGCGAAAUCGGGGACGAAGUGUUUUUGAAGGAGAACGCAGCCGUGGGGCAGGAAGUGUGCCUGGCUAGGGCGAGGGAUCGGGAUGCAAGCGUGAACGCGAGGAUCGUUUAUUCGUUGACCCAUAACCCCGGAGAACAGUUCAGAGUUGCGGAAAAUUCCGGGAUCAUUUACUUGGAUAAACCGAUCCGAGCUGCGCCCGGCACGGUUUUGCACUUGGAGGUGACCGCGACCGAUUCCGGGAAUCCCCCGUUGUCGGCCCAGCAUCAAGUCAGGGUCACUGUCGAGGAUGUGAACGAUCACACGCCGGUGUUCAAGCUGACCAGCUACGAGACGUCUCUGCCGGAAUCGACGCCGGUCAACGAUAGAUUCUUCUCUCUGACGGCCACCGAUGUCGAUCUUGGGGCCAACGGCCGGGUGUUGUACAGCGUCACAGACGGAAAUACCGAGAACCGCUUUGGGAUAUUCCCGGACGGCCAGCUGUACGUGAAGAACGUUCUUGACCGCGAGGAGCAGGACUAUUACGCGCUCGAGGUAACGGCGACCGAUCAAGGCAGCCCCUCUAGAAGCUCGGUAGUCCCGGUGGUCGUUCAUAUAAUCGACGAAAACGACAACGCGCCGGAAUUCACCAAUUCGAGCUUCAUCCUCCACCUACGCGAGAACGAGCCACCUGACACGUUCGUUGGAAAAUUAUUGGCCACGGAUCGGGACGUGGGUCGCAACGCCGACCUCGUCUUCUCUCUUCCGGCCAGCCAACAGGACUUCACCGUCGAUCCCAGGAACGGUUUUAUCAAGUCCCUUCGAGCGUUCGACAGGGAGCUGCUUGUCACCAAUACAGGCAGUAGCUACAUCACUUUGGAGGCUACCGUCACCGACAACGGGGUCAAUCGUCUCCGCGAUCGAGUCAAGGUCGUCAUUUACAUCACCGACGUGAACGACAAUAUCCCACAGUUUCAAAGGUUGCCGUAUAGGGUGCAGGUGAACGAGGGUGCCGCGAUCGGCACGCAAUUGUUGAGAGUGUACACGACGGACGCGGACGAGGGGUUGAACGGGGACGUGUUCUACUCGCUGGAAGAUGGGAAUCAAUACGGUCGAUUCGCCAUAGACGAGGCGACCGGACAAAUAUCCUUAAUGAAAGAACUGGAUCGCGAGACCAUGGACACGUACGUGUUAACCGUUGUGGCGCACGACGCUGGCCUGGAGACCCGUCUCUCCUCCAGCACGACCGUGUACAUCGAGGUGCUCGACGAGAACGAUAACGUGCCUCUGUUCAUCGACGACAAAUCGAGGAUCUCAGUCCUCGAAACAACGCCAACCAACACGGAAUUGCUCAGGUUCAAAGCAACGGAUAACGAUCUCGGGCCGAAUAGCGAGCUGGCGUUCGCCAUAUCAGCUGGGAACAGAAGGGACACCUUUUACAUCGAUCCUCUGACGGGGACGUUAUAUCUGAGAAAACCGCUCGAUUACGAGGAACUGGAAAAGUAUACUUUGAACGUGACUUGUAGCGAUGGGGGUCAUCCGAGGUUGAGCUCGGUGACCACGUUGAUCGUCGAGGUGAUCGACGCCAACGACAAUCCCCCGGUAUUUCCGAAUACAGCGAUAGCGAGACAAAUCAGGGAGGGUAUUCUGGUGCACACGCCGAUAGUGACCAUCACAGCGGAAGAUCCCGACUCGAACGAGAACGGGAUAGUCACUUAUUCAAUCGCCAGCCAAGAUCCCGAGGAUCAAGUACGUAGAUUCGGUAUAAACCCUUCGACCGGCGUGAUACACACGUUGCUCCCGAUCGAUCGAGAAGAGGUGGACACGUACAAGUUGGUGGUGGUCGCGACGGACAGCGCGCAACCAUCCAGCGCCAGGCUUUCAGCCGAAAAAUUGGUGAUCGUUAUCGUCGAGGACAUCAACGACAACGCGCCGAUUUUCGUCAGCAUGUCCGCCGUUGUGCUGCCGCUCAAGGGAAAUUAUCAGUAUCAGAAAGAGAUCACUGUGACCCGAUUGGUCGCCAGAGACUUGGAUUCGAGCACGAACGGUCUGGUCACGUACGAGUUGCUCAGGUCGAGCGUGAAUUAUUCGGAUAUGUUUCGAAUACACCGGAACACGGGCCAUUUGACCAUAAGACUGCCCCGAUCCUUGAAGAACAAUUUGGAACGGGUCUCGAAAUAUCAAGUGGGGAUCCGCGCGACAGACGAGGCCGUUCAAGCGGAACGUAGAUCCACAGAGAUCUAUUUGACCCUGAUAGUGCCCGGGGAGGACGGGGAUGAUCAGCCGAUAUGGGAGCAUCGCGGCCAGAUCGAGGGUAGCGUGUACGAGAACGAGCCGAUCGGUACGAGUAUUUUGAGAGUGAGUGCCCGAAGUCGUAGGUCGAAUAUCGAUCUUGAAUAUUACGUGACGAACGUGACCGCUGGUAGCGGCGGUCCACAGGUCGACAGAUUGUUCGACGUCGACACGAAGACAGGUAUAUUGUCGACGGCCGCCGCGCUGGACAGGGAAACGGGGAUCCAGUGGUACGAGGUGGAGCUAUACGCCAUCGGUGUUGGUGGUACCAGGCCCAGUACGACGUCCACCAAAGUAAGUUCACGUCUUUGAUUGAUCAUCCCGGUGAUAUUAAUGAUCCGCUGCGUUCUGAAAGUCAUUCGCCGCUUUUUGUCGAGCAGAUUCGUUCUUUCCUCUC